AUGGCGGAAAAAGCUGAAAUCCUCCUCGUUGGAAGUGGUGGCGUCGGCACGAUCGCGGCGUUGAACCUGGAGAUCGGGGGGCUGGCUAGAGUUACAGCUGUGCUUCGAUCAAACUACGAAAAAGUCGUAAACGAGGGGUUUCACAUCAAAUCGUGCGAUCAUGGCGAUAUAAAGAACUGGAGACCGUCUCAAGUGAUAAAUAAAAUCCCAUCAAGCGAGCAGCAUGAAUUCGACUACAUCAUCGUAACGACCAAAAACGUCGCAGACAGCCACCCAACGUGCGCCGAACUAAUCGCMCCAGCCGUAACACCCGGCCGAACAACCAUCGUCCUCAUCCAGAAUGGGCUGCAUAUUGAGAAACCUUUUCUGGAAGCAUUUCCUCAGAACACAGUCUUAUCCGGUAUCAGUCUCAUAGGAUCCCACGAAACGAGUACAGCAGUCAUCGAACACGAAGAUCCAGAUCGCCUCGUGAUCGGCGCGUUCUCAAACCCCAAUGUUCCGCAGGAACAACAAGACCGAAUUGCGCAGGACUUUGUCAAAAUGUAUUCCGCCAGCGGUAAAACAGACUGCACCUUUGAGCCUGAUGUGCCGUUCUAUCGCUGGCAGAAGCUGGUCUACAACGCAUGCUUAAAUCCUAUAUGCGCAAUAACGGGACUUGAUACGGGAACAAUCAGACUUGCGGACGACGCCGUGGCGACACUCGUUCGACCGGCCAUGGAUGAAAUCGUAGAAGCUGCUAGAGCAUGUGGUGUCAACUUACCGGAUGGCGUAGCAGAGCGGAUGAUCAAUAUUGAUCCGUUGACGAUGUAUUUGAGACCUAGUAUGGCGGAGGAUGUACUGAAAGGGAAUCUGAUCGAAUUCGAAAACAUCGUCGGAGCACCGUUGCGCGAGGGCACAUCUCGCGGAGUUGCGAUGCCGACACAGACGUUUUUGUAUCAUACGCUAAAAACGAUGCAGUGGCGUCUCAAGGCUGGCGGUCAAGUAGGCACCUACCUGACCAACGCUCUCCUCUCAACUGGGAAACACCAAAUCACCGCCCUCACCCGCUCCGACAGCAAAAACCCCAUCCCCUCCGGCGUGACCGUCGCACACAUCAACUACGCCGAACCCUCGACUCUCGUCGAUGCCCUCCGCGGCCACGACGCUCUAAUUUAUAGUCUAUCUGUCCUCGCGACCGACGAAGCAGAUCGACUCAUCAAAGCCGCCGCCGAGGCCGAAGUACCCUGGAUCCUACCCAAUGAGUUUGGCUACAACUCCGAUAACGACGUAGUCAACAAAGAUACUUUGACCGGAUUCCCGAAAAAGGCGCAACGCAAAUUGAUUGAAGAAUUGGGGAAGUCCUCGUGGAUUGGUAUUGCAACGGGUUAUUGGUAUGAGUACAGUCUCUCUGUUGGUGGGUGGUCAUUCGGAUUCGACAUUAAGAAUAAAGAGGCCACAUUCUACGACAGCGGAGACGUGAAGAUUCACACCUCGACAUGGCCUCAAAUCGGUAAAGCAGUUGCAAACCUUCUUUCAUUGCCGAUAACGUCAGACGACAGCUCGGCAACGACGGUGUCAUCGUUCAGGAAUAAGUUCGCUUUUAUCUCUUCGUUCUACGUCAAUCAACAAGACAUCUUCGCCUCCCUGCUCCGCGUCACAGGCACCAGUCGUGACGAAUGGAAAAUCUCAAAUCAGCCUUCUGCCGCUAGGUUCGCGUUUGGUAAACAGAUGCUUCAAAAGGGUGACAGGCGCGGGUUUGGGCUUGCGUUGUAUGCGCGUACGUUCUUUCCGGAUGGUGCGGGGACGCAUCCAAGCAGUGCGAAUGCGUUGCUUUCAAUUCCUGAGACGGAGGAUAUAGAUGAAUAUACGGCGACGGCAGUGAAGAUGGCAAAUGAGAAUUAUUUUGAGAACAAGGUUGUGCCUAGGAUUACGCCGGCUUCGUCGUGA